AUGAAAGCGGCUGGAAGUGGUUUAUUCCUCAACUAUAAUUGGAAUGCAGUUAAGUUACGACAGUCACAAGAGCUUACUGUCAAUUCUUCAAUGUCAACGAAGGUGUUCGUCGGUAUUGAUUGUUUUGGUCGUGGUUGUAUUGGAGGUGGUGGUUUCGGUACAGCUGAAGCACUAAAAGUUAUUUUAGAUAUUAACUCUUCUAGACCCGAUCGCCCAUUAUCAGUGGCUUUAUUUGCACCUGGCUGGGUAUUCGAAAAGUGCGAUCUGACGAAAACUGCUGGUGAUCCAAUCAAAGCAUUCAGCUUAUUGGCAGAAAUGGAUGCAAAAUUUUGGUCAUAUUUAAGUCCAUUAAUUUGUCGUCUACGGGGUCUAAAUAGUGUUGAUAAUCUUACAAUGCUACAUAAACCUACACUUCCCAGUUUACCGGUUUUUCAAUCACCUUGUGAUUUAUUUGAAAAAUAUGAUUCAAAUGUUUUAUUUCGCACAACGUGUUGUUCUGGUCAAGGUUUAUUGCCUUCAAGGUCUCACACAGCUCAAGGUGAAUUGAUAUUGCAGUUUGGGAGUGAAAUGGGUCGGCAACAAAUAUUUCCAACUUGCCGUGAACUAAACAAAUCACUCACUGAUAAUAAUAUGACAAAAUUUGGUUUUUCUGCUGUGCAAAUUUUGGAAACAGGCUAUGAAAAAUUCACAGGAACAUGUUUAUGUAUACGUUUUGAAAAACCCGAUAUACUAGCAAAUUUUGAGAAACUGAAAUCAAAGGAUCCAUUAAUGGAGUUAUUUCUUUUUGGUCAUAAUGCAUUUAUCUCUGAUAAAGCACAAUUUACAUUAGCCAUUACCCCAUAUACUUUAAAUAAGAAGAUAUCUUCCUCUGUUGAACAACGCUUGGACCAUAAAAUUGGUUUCAAACUUUUUGUAGAUACAUUUUAUUCCCCAAGUGAAAAUGGAGGUGAAGUUAAUUUUAAACGCACGUUUCUGAUAGCUAAUGAGGAAAGAAUUGAAUUAAAACACAGUAAACCAUGGUCUGUACUACGUUACAAUGUAACUGAUCUUAUUCUUGCUUCCGAUAAAAACAAUUCAAAGUUAGAGGACUCUUCACUCACCACAACAUCCUCAUCACAUUGUAUCCAUUUACAUCGUAUCGGUUUAACUUGGAGUUGGAAUUCAAUUUUACACACUACCGAUGAAUCUAUUCUGAGCUUAAAUGGUUUUCUUCUAGGUUUAAUUGAACUAUGCGAUCCUCAAAAAUCAUUGGAAAGUUAUUUUGAAUAA